AUGCAAAAACUUGUUAUUCUCGCUUUAUUCGUUGCUUCGGCUUCAGCAAUUCCAUUUAUCGGAUCGGUUCAAAGUGUUAAAGUAACUGGAAAAGUAACAUGUAAUGGUCAACCAGCUGAAAAUAUCAAAACAAAACUCUAUGAAAAGGAAAUUUGUAAGUUCUAAAUUUUUCGAAAUCAUUCAUAGAAUAAUUGUAUAUUAUCUUAGUGUUGGACAAACUUCUCGAUGAAAGAGCAACUGAUUCAGCUGGAAGCUUUACUCUUUCUGGAAAUAAGAAAGAAUUGACUGCCAUCGAUCCACAUGUUAAUAUUUAUCACAAAUGCAAUUAUAAUGGACCAUGUUACAAAAAAUUGAAGAUUGCUAUUCCAAAAUCAUUCAUCACUGAAGGAGAAACUCCAGACAAAACUUUCGAUAUUGGAGAGCUCAAUUUGGCCGGUUCAUUCUCCGGAGAAUCAACUGAUUGUUUGAAUUAA